GCAUUCUCUCGGCCACGGUAUCGCCAAAUUCGGUUGGGCAGUCCGAUGCUCCGAACGGCAUGCGUGUAUACGCAUGGUAGCCACGUCCAGGGAUGAAGACACACAGGUAUGGCUGUGCAUACUCGGCGACUUCGAGUGCAUAAAACCCAGCCGCAAAAUCGAAGAUUGAGACGUAUUUAUGGCCCGCUAGGCGCCGCUGCUUGUCCCGGAUGUCUCCCUGUGGGAACGGGACGACUUUGCACACCUUGUUCAGCUCUGCAAAGUUGUGGCAUAUCCUCCACCGCACGGGCUUUGGUGGUCCUGGAUCCCUUGGUUCCGGUCUUGGUGGCAACUCUUCCAGUGCCGGCAGUCCCGCGGCAACGCACUGGUCAUUCAGCUGGUGCAGCAGCUCCGCCCGGCACAGCCCUUCAGGUUGCUCCUUCGGCGCUAGCGUGAUCGGGCUGACGCAACGUACAUCCUUAGCAUCUAUCCGACGCAGGAUCCCCGCGGUGACCAGCUCGUCGACUUGCGUGGUCAGGAAUUGCAGCUGCGGUGGCGACAUUGGCCUUUGGUUGAUGACCUUCGUGCCAAAAUCAUGGCCCUCAGGUACGCGCGGGGAAUAUUUCCGGCCUUGGACUACCUUGACCUCACUGACCGACAGUGCGAACACGUCGGCAAAUUCGGCAAUCAGCGCAAGCGCCUGCCUCCGCUGCUCUGCUGCGACGUCCGGC